UAGAGGGUCUCUCUCUACCGGGGUGACAAGUCCGAGCACAGGAAAGGAAUAACAGCCGAUUGAAGACUAAAAAAAACACCGUACUUUUCAUCUCUUCACCACUGGAUACUUAUCUCGAACUGGAGUUUGGAUUAACUUCGAAAAACACACUCUUUUUUAGUUUUUCUUUUUCAUUUGCUUUAGAAAAACUCACAGAAGACAAUGGGGUCCCAAGCAUCCAAAGGAGAUGUGGCCGCGGAGGCGAGCGCUGCUGCCGCUGACGGAGCAGCUGUCAAAACCAAUGGACAGGAGAAUGGACAUGUGAAAACCAAUGGUGAUGUCUCCACAAAGACUGAUGGAGACGCCGCCGCCACCAACGGCUCGGCUGAGGCAGCGAAGGAGCCUGAGGCGGCUGCAGGAGACGCCAUUGAGCCGGCGCCCGCUGCAGAUGGAGAGGCCGCCAAACCUGAAGGAGAGGCUGCUGCCAAGGAGACCCCCAAGAAGAAGAAGAAGAAGUUCUCCCUGAAGAAGUCCUUCAACUUCAAGCUGAAUCUGAAGAAGACCAAGAAGAGCGAGGCUGUGAAGGAGGAAGCCGCCGCCGCCGCCGCCACCUCCCCCGCCGAGGAGAAACCGGCUGAGAACGGGGCUGCUGCUCCUGCUGAGGAGAAGAAGGAGGAGGUGAAGGAGGUGAAGGAGGAGAAGAAGGAGGAGAAGAAGGAGGAGGUUGCUGUUGCUGCUGCUGCCGAGGCCCCCAAAGCAGAGGAGGCUCCGGCUAAAGAGGAGGCCCCCAAAGCAGAGGAGGCCCCCAAAGAGGAAGCUGCCCCGGCCCCCGAGGCCACGAAACCAGCAGAGGAGAGCAGCUCGACCCCGGCUCCCUCUGAAAAGAAGGAGUGAUUGUACGUUUAUCUCACAAUGAACUGAGUGAACUGUUUUUCAAGAGAGAGAGAGAAAAUUUAAGAGUAUAUAUAUAUAUUUAUAUAUAUAUGUGUAUAUGUAUACAUAUGUAUAUGGAUAUAUGUAUAUGUAAAUAUAUACACAUGUAUGUGAGAGACUCCUUCGACGUGCCACUUUUUCGUCAUGAUAACAAGACGACAGACUAGAUUCACUAGAUCACUUCCACAUCUGGACCCGGACUGAGUUUUAGGCUGUGGGCUGGUCGCCGUGUGGAAAUCUGGAUUUGAAAGGCUAGAAAGCGAGCUAAUGACACCAUGACACCAUGACGUAUAGACGGAUCUGCAAAUCAAAGAUGCCUCCUUGCUGAAGAAGCUAGAUAACACACUAGGACACCACCACUUGAAAUGACUGUUCGCAACAAAAAAAAAAAAAA